UGCUCCUUGCUCAAAAACCCGGGUAUUAUGUCGAUUCCGAUAUAAAACUUUCUCCGUUUUAACAUCACCUCAUUUAGCAAGCGGGUAACAACUAUGUACUGUCACAUACGUAUGUACAUAUGUAUCUGUUGCUAAAGUUACGCCUUCCCGACAUCCUGGAGCCGGGCAGCAAAACAAUGCAACUUUCUCCCAGCUGCAAACUCAUUCACGAGACUACAACCACAGUACUUAAACAACUGCAUGGAUCUUAGCUAUGUUCUGGUCACUAGUAAAACCACCACCCUUGCAAAUAAAUGUAAUAAGCAGAUUAAUACAGAAUACUGUAACAAGUUAGAAAUAUGUGGCGGCAUCAAUUGUGCACAAUUUUAAUCUUUCUGGUCGCGGUCAAGGUUGCAUUUAGCAGAGUUUUCCUCGUCUCCGAGAAAGGAUUGGGUGAUCUGGUGCCCAACUAUUUAUUCGUCUUUGUCGCGUACUAUCACCCGAGCUGUUCGAAACAGCCAGGUUUAGGAGAGUUUGAAAUUGCGGAGCAAAUCGCGGAAGAAACAAAUCUAACGGUUGCGUACGACAUUAGAUUUGCGCGGGUCAAUUUGCGAAAAGUGGACAAUUACGAAACCGGACUCCUUCGUCAAAAACCGGAUGGAUGCACAGGCCCACCAUAUUUCGAACUCUUCAAAUUCGGCGUCCCCAUCAGGCUCGGGAGGCAGGGGAAAUUAGUCAAGGAUGAACUCACGACGAAAGCAAUGUUUGAAUUUUUGGAGAAACAUACAACAAAAUCCAGAGUGGAUGUGGCCACGUCGGAUGCAGAAGUAAAAAUGUAUGAAGCACAGAAUGAGUUCAGCAUUUUGGGAUAUUUUAAGGAAUAUACGGGGACCGGACUGCGCAACAACUUUUAUCGUGCCGCUAACAGGUUGAAAUAUUACAAUUUCGCCGAAGUAAGAAAUCAAGAUCUUGUCAGGAAAUUUGAACGAGAUACCGUCGUCAUUAAUCAGCAGUUUGGAACAAUAAAAUUGGAAUUGGACGAAAAUCUGAGUGAAAACCGGGUCACAAUGUUCGUCCGAGCUAACGUCAACUCAACCAGGAAUCCUGUAAUUUCCGUGAAACUUGACAAACUGCAGGAAACGAUUGACACAACGAUGCAAGUUUUCGUCAUGUUCUAUCAUUACGAUUGUAAAGUUCCCGAGAUUUUCGAAUUCGUUGCUGACCUGGCGAAAGAAAAUGGAAUGAUGGACGUACUGGAUUUGAAGUUCGUUACCGUUGAUAUCGAAGAAUACGAGAGCGAUGAAAGCUUAGAAAAAUACAGUUUGCACUAUUCCGAUUGCAACUUGUCGGGAAAGAACUGGACCGAUUUUUCAAAUGUGUUGCGACUAUUUAAAUAUGGAAAGAUGACCAAGUACGGGGAGUCCUCCCUGUUACCGAAUGUGACCAUGGAUGCGAAGAAAUUGAAAACUUUGAGUGGAAUGAUGACAUGGCUGGAAGAGAAUACAAAGCCUGCCGCAAGACCAGUGUGGACGAUGGAGGGUGCGAAAUUAAUCGUGGAAUUUAAUGAGAUUUCCGUGAUAGGAUAUUUUCAGAAAGGAUCCCAGGCUAGGAUGGAAUUUCAUAAGGCUGCUGAUUCUGCAAACGAGUAUGUUUGGGGUGAUGUUUUAGCACCGGAGAUUAAUCCAUUCAAUACCGAUAUGAUCGUCGUGUUUAAAAAUUAUGGAAAGGAACAAGUAAAUUUUACAUGGGACAAUAAAAUGACAAAUGGUGAGAUACAAAGAUUUGUCAAAAACGAAUCAUCAAAUUCACAAAUUCCGAUCCCCACGAGACCCACGCCGCCAAUGCCGAGUACGACGACGGAAAAGCCUGAAGUGUUUUACAGAAUGACGAAACAAAUUGCGAUUUUCGACAGGAAGGGAUUUCAAGGAAAUCGCGUCAUAAUAGAUCUGACGGGUGGUUGCGUCAUCGUUCCGAAAUCAUGGGGCCUGGGCACUUUCUCCAUAAAGACGUAUUCUCAGUGCGUCUACUUUUACGAGGAGCCAGGUUGUGACGCCGACAAGAAAAGGUUUCGACUGGACAUUCAAGAAUCAAGAGAACACUGGGACAUAUCCGAUUUCAAAUCAAUCGAAGGAUUUCAAUCCAUGCAAUUCUGUCCGGAAGAAGGCGAAGUUAGUGCGGGGAAGAGUAGACUCGGGGUGCAUUUAGGUUUCAUUAUGACUCUCACGAUUUUUAUCAUGGCCUGAAUUAUUGUGAUGAUAUAUAAUUAUUCGCAUACAAACAAAUAUUUUGCGGUAGGAUGAGAUUGUUACAUUUAAAUAUUUAGUUAUGGUCAUAAUUUAUUAAUAAAUAAACUUAAAAACUAAUCAUGUGAAACUAAAACGUAACUUUGCAACGUUGAACGUGUGAAAUUUGCCCAUGGAGAAUUUUAUUUAUAAUCCAUCGUGAUUCUUUUCAUACAUAAAAUUCAGUAUUCAUAUGCAUUUAUUAUUUAGUUGUGUAACUAUCUAAUUCAAUAGUUUAAACAGACAUUGUGGGUAGAAUUUUUUAAACGAUUUAUUGUCUCAAAAUUUUACGCUAAUUGACUAUUGUCUCCUUUAGGGAAAUUACAUAUUUAUAAGGAACAGGAAAAUAUUUUUAGAAGUGCAUAAGUACUAGAUUAUAACAGUCAAAAUAUAUUAUUGUCAUCAGGUUGUGUAGUUAUGUAGGUACGUAAUAAGGCUAUGUCCAAAUGGGGUUUAUUAUGCAUAUCAUUUUCCCUUUUCCUUAUGCAUUCAUGCCUAAAUUAAAGUUUUGGCCUAUUUUUAUGCUCUCUAAAUAAAUAAAGUUGUGCAAAAUUUAUCCUCUACUUGCCUCUCCUCAACUAUUUUACUCAACCUUCAUUAAAUUUUG